UUAGUUUUAUUUUCAGUUGUUUGACCGUUUUCUUAUUAUGUGCCAUUGAUAAAGGCUUUACCAAGCCGAAACGUUUGGCUAACAAUAAAUUUACGGAUAAUAUAAGCAAUUAUUGAAAUCUAUAAAAAUAAUACAAUACAUUUUUUCCUGUUGUUAUUAUUGUGACUUGUUCAACUUGAUACAACAUGUAUCAAGCCAGUCCGAUUUGUUGGAAAAUAAAAAAGUUUAGAAUAACUAUAAAUAAUGCAAGAUAAAAUACACCAAGGGCCAAAAUAAUUGAAAGUUUUGUAGAUGCCGUGUUCGCCACGUAAUUUCGCAACACUAUUACUGCAAACAAUAACUUCCUCAAAGACGCACUUCUUUUUUGUUCUGUGGCUGGGUGUUAAAAGUGUAAAGAAUGACCUUUGACUAACGAAAUUAAAGAUGUAAUCGAACCCGAAGAAGUAAAAGAUACCGAAUCAUCUCGAAGAAGAGAGGGUAUAUAAACCUGCAUUUUUUCACUUUGAAACUCGGUUCCAUCACACAACCUACUAUGGAAUAUUCAAAUUUGAAAUGCAUCAAAACUCACGUCUCUAUCCUCUUCUGUUUGGCCUGUCUUCUUCUGCCAACUGGUUCUCGUUCUCUAUGACUAUGCUCAGUUAAAACACACGAUUUAUAGGAAAACAAUGUGUACCAUACUGCUCAGUAUCUCAUGAAAGAUGUCGAACUGACAAAGAAACUUACGACUCUUACUUCGCUACAUGGUCCGUUGUCUAUGAAAUGAAGAAGAAUGAUGAUAAUGCGACAACGACGAUACAGCAUGGAAAAAUCAAUAAACCGAAAAAAUUCUAUUCAGACGCAGAUGCAAGAGAUGAAUAUCCGGUCGUGUCAACUGAAACGUGUUAUUACAAUACGAAGAACUAUGCUGAAACACAAUGGAAAUUACCAAGUGUACGAGCACAGAAAAUUGUGAUUUUGUUUGCAGUUGAUGUUAUGGUCAUAUCUGUCGGUAUUCUCGGUGGAUUACGCUGGGUUGAAUGUUGUAGACACCAUGUAUCCAUUGAUCGUCUUCAACUAGAAAUUGAACUUUUAAAACAAUUACAAGCAUCCAAUUUGUUAUCAGGUAUUGAAUGGAAACAAUAUGAUACAAAGGCAUUAAAAUUAUUUGUUAAAAAUGGUAUUAAAGAAGCACAUGAUGAGCUCAAGUUACGACAAAUUGAUAAUCCAGCUGAAUUAAGACGAAAAUAUGAAGAUUUAGAUUUUGUUCGACGUUUAUACAUCUAUGAGUAUCUAAUGAUUGAUCGUCAAAAUUAUUUACUUCGCCCUCUGGAUAAACCUUUGACAUCGAAACGUCGACGACUAUCUUCAACAGACGAUAUUCCAAUCAUUCUAUUAACAUUCUGUACACUUGUGUCUUCCGCUUGUGCAAUAGAAAUUAGAACAAAAGAUUAUUUUAAUCCAACUGCAUGCUACGGGAUUGCAUUGAUUUAG